UGCAUCUAACUCAAUCUUAUCUUUAAAUCACUACAAAAAAGUUGCUAUUCAUAGCACAUUGUUAUAGCUCGUUUCACUGAACUACUGUCGUUGAUUAGCGAUUUUUUUUACUUAUAGAACAGUAUUAGAUAAAUGCUAUGAUAGAGUUUUAGUAAGCGGGAAUCUAAAAUUAGCUUUUCCGCGAAACACUUAGUGAAAAUUAGAAUUCUAAUUUAUUUUUCCCUCACUCUAAUCGGGUUCCCUCUCAUCUCUCUCAUUUUCCCUCUUUCUCAAAUGAACCCUAAAUGAAAUCUCCAUCGAUUCUCUCUCUCGAAACAAAUCUGCAAACCUAUCAACUCGAAAUCAAUCUCCAUCAAGCUCCAUCUCCAAAACCCUAAGUGAAAUCCGCCGCCAUUCCCAUCUCGAAACCAAUCUCCAUCCUCGCGAACCAUCGUCGCCGCUUCUCCCAGCCGCCACAUAUCUUCGAUUCAACUCCGAUUCUACAUCUCGAAGAGUUGAUCCUGGAUACGAGAGAGGGGCUUCACAGUUUGUCCGAGAUGUGGCUUCAUCUAUGGGAUGGAUUGAUAUGAUUAUAUGCAUGUGCAUAGACUGCUGUAACAUAGAUCGUCAUGCAGCAAGUGUGGUACUUGAUCAUCUUGUUACCAGGGGUAUGGAGGAGGGUUAUAAGAUGAGGGCUGAUUGGUAUCUACAUGGUGAAUUGAACGCAGAGGUUGCAGAUGAAAACAAAGUGAGUGAAUGGAACGAUGAGAUCUUUGGGUUGUUCAGAGCUGCUCAGUGUUUUGAUGAAGACUUAGAUGAUAUUGGGGGUUUAACUGAGAUGGCAGAGGGAGACGACAAGAAAGAGGAUGAGUUCUUGGCGAAGCUAGCUGACGCUGAAACACCACUGUAUCCGAGCUGUGCAAGCCAUAGCAAGUUGUUUGCAAUUGUGUCAUUGUUCAGAUUGAAGACUCAGAAUGGAUGGUCAGACAAGAGUUUCAAUGAUCUGCUAGAGACAUUGCCGGACAUGUUACCUGAAGAAAACGUCCUGCACACAUCACUUUACGACGUUAAGAAGUUUCUGAAGUCAUUUGACAUGGGUUACGAGAAGAUCCAUGCUUGUGUCAAUGACUGCAUCCUUUACAGAAAGAGGUUCACGAAGCUAGACAAGUGUCCUAAAUGCAAAGCUUCGAGAUGGAAGACUAAUAAGCACACUGGUGAGAAGAAGAAAGGCGUUCCACAGAAAGUCUUACGGUAUUUUCCUGUAAUACCACGACUGAAGCGAAUGUUCCGGUCUGAGGAAAUCGCCAAGGAAUUAAGAUGGCACUUUACCAACAAAAGCAGUGAUGGAAAGCUGCGUCAUCCUGUUGAUUCAGUGACAUGGGAGCAUAUGAAUGCGAAAUACCCUUCAUUUGCAGCUGAAGCGAGGAACCUGAGGCUUGGACUUUCAACGGAUGGCUUCAAUCCAUUCAACAUGAAGAAUUCGAUGUACAGUUGCUGGCCGGUCUUGUUAGUUAACUACAACCUACCACCUGAUUUAUGCAUGAAGAAGGAGAACAUUAUGCUUUCUUUGUUGAUUCCUGGUCCACAUCAGCCUGGUAACAGCAUAGAUGUGUAUCUAGAACCCCUAAUAGACGAUCUGAACAGUCUGUGGAGCGUUGGAAAGGUAACAUACGACGCUCUUAGUCGAUCUACUUUUACACUCAAGGAGAUGCUGCUAUGGACGAUCAGCGAUUUUCCGGCUUAUGGUAAUCUUGCAGGAUGCAAGGUGAAAAGGAAAAUGGGGUGUCCUUUAUGUGGGAAGAAUACAGAUAGCAUGUGGCUGAAGUUCAGUAGAAAACAUGUCUACAUGUGCCACAGAAAGGGUCUUCCACCAACUCACAGAUUUAGAGGAAAGAAGAGAUGGUUUGAUGGAAAAGCUGAACAAGAGAGAAGGGGAAGAAUACUCACUGGUCGUGACAUUUCUCAACAUCUGAGAAAUUUCCACAAUGAUUUUGGAAAUUUUAAACGAUCUGCAAGUAAGAGAAAAAGGAUUCAAUGUUCAACUGAGAAAGGGUCAAAUAGUGAGAGUUUCUCUAGCGAAUCAGAGGAAGAGGAAGAGGAAGAAGUACAAGUCGAUGAGGAUGAGUUAUCUAGAUGGAAGAAAAGGUCUAUAUUCUUCAAGCUACCUUAUUGGGAGAAACUUCUGGUGAGGCACAACUUAGAUGUAAUGCAUGUGGAGAGAAAUGUUGCUGCUAGCUUAGUUUCAACCUUGUUGCACUGUGGGAAAUCAAAGGAUGGUCUUGCGGCUCGUAAGGAUCUGGAGGAGCUUGGGAUUAGGCCUGAUUUGCACUCAAAAAUGCGAGGUAAAAGAACCUAUCUCCCUCCAGCACCGUGGUCAUUAUCGAAGACAGAGAAGAAGAUAUUUUGCAGGCGUCUAUUUGAUUUCAAAGGGCCAGAUGGAUAUUGUUCUAACAUAUCAAGAGGCGUCUCAAUGGAUGACUGUAAAGUCAGUGGGCUAAAAUCACAUGACUACCACGUCUUGAUGCAACAACUUCUGCCGAUUGCACUUAAAGGGUUGCUACCAAAAGGACCGAGGCUCACCAUUUUUAGGUUAUGCGGUUUCUUCAAUCUGUUGUGUCAGAGAGUGAUUGACAUGGAGAAGCUGCUGGUUAUGGAAGCUGAGAUUGUUGAGACUCUGUGCAUGUUUGAAAGAUUUUUUCCUCCAAGCUUGUUUGAUAUCAUGCUCCAUUUGACUAUGCAUCUAGGAAGAGAGGCUCGGCUUGGUGGACCAGUCCACUUUAGAUGGAUGUACCCAUUUGAAAGGUACAUGAAAGUCCUCAAAGACUUUAUGAGAAAUCCUGCAAGACCAGAGGGAUGCAUAGCUGAGUGCUAUCUAGCGGAGGAAUGUAUCCGGUUCUGCAGUGAAUUCUUGAAGAAGACAACAAAUGUUCAAGAAAAAGAAGAAAGAAACAUGGAGUAUGAGAACAAUUCAAUCUUAGAGGGUCGGCCUAUAUCCACUGGUACAUCAGUUAGUCUCACUGAGGUGGAAAAGAGGAUUGCACAUCUUGCUAUCAUCCAAAACAUGGCUCUCGUCGAACCUUAUGUAGAUGAGCAUCUACAGUAUUUACAAGACACAGAUGGGAGAUGUCGUCGUGAUGCAUCAACCUUAUGGAGUAUGCAUACAAAGAAUUUUGCUUCGUGGCUAAAACAGAAGGUGCCUCUUGAUUCUACAGAACAUAGCGACACACUUAAGUGGAUAGCUUAUGGCCCACGUUCUUCUGCAAGGUCAUACACAGGGUUCAUUGUUAAUGGGCAGAGGUUUCACACAACCUCAGUGGAUCGGAAAAGUCAGAAUAGUGGGGUAUACUAUGAGGCUACUGCAGUGUGUAGAGCUAGUGCUAAAGAUACAUCACAGGUGGUAGAUUUGGUAUCUUACUACGGCAGAGUCACAGAUAUUAUUUUGAUGGAUUAUAAUAUCUUCUAUGUUCCUCUCUUCCGUUGUCAAUGGGCAGUAAAGGGCAAUGGAGUGAAGAUAGAAGAUGGGUUCACACUUGUUAACAUGUCUCAUAGUCAAGCCUCAUGUCCCAUACAUACUAGCAUCUCAAGCGAAGCAGGUCCUUCUAGAAGAUACAGUAAGAAAGAUAUGCAAGAAGGAAAUGCAGACAUUGGGCCAUUACCGUCAGAUGUUGACAUGGACGUUGACAUUGAUGAAGCUGAGAAUGCUAGAACUGAUUGCGAAGGGAUAUAUGUGUGA